AUGGACUGCUUGGCUGCGGCUGUCCAAUGGCUUUGCGAAUUCGACUUCGCUUCACCCCCAGUGCCAGCGAGGCCUGAGGAGGUGUUCGAUUACGCCCCCGACGUCGAGGAAAAGCCCCCGACGGAGUUCGGCCCUUUCCAGGGGGCGCGUUGGCAGAGAGAAGAGAUGCUAUCGCCAACGAGCUUUUCCUCGGAGGAGACGCAGGACUGCUUGGAAAUCGGCGAUUCAGCGCAAAAGAUCCACAGCUCUCCAGGCAAGCCCAAGCUGCAAAAGUCAACGAGCUUUGCCUUGGAGGAGACGCAGGUCCUAUCCCGGGAAGAGCUUCAGCCGUUCGAUGUCUCCUGGAAGGUGCCAACGAGCCCUUCUUCAACUGGCGACGAGUCGGACAUGGAAGAUGAGGACCCAAGUGAAGAGAGUUCAUUGCUACGAGAUGAACACCGCACUGCAGAUGAUCUUAGGCAGCUCCCUUGGGGGUUCGCUGUAUCUGGGCAGUGGCCAAAGAGCCCUGCCCCUGCAGAGGAAGCUGACAUGGAUCAGGUCUGUGGCACGGAUGUGGUUUUGAACAUCUACGAUGUGACACAGUCAACGGGUGUGCAAUGGAUCAACACCUUGUUCGCCCACAGGCAUGGCCUGAUCCAGCUCUUCGGGCUCUUCCAUGUUGGGGUGCAACUGGGAGAUGAGGAGUGGGCUUUUGGAGCUGCUCCGGCUGGAAGCGGCGUGUGCCGCCACCAGCCCCGCGGCGCGGAGCAGCACCACUUCAACCGGAGCCUGGUUGUGGGCUCAACGAUGCUCUCCAAGCACGAGCUGGAUGUGCUUUACAGACGCCUCGAGCGCCAGUGGCGUGGGCCGGAUUACCAUCCGCUGCAUAACAACUGUAUAGACUUUGCCCAACAGGUCUGUGGACUUUUGAAAGUCGCAGACGUUCCUGCGUGGCUGAACCGACCCGCGAAGUUGGGCUCUUGGGUCGCAGGCUCUCGGCCCGCACAGGCCUUCGUCCCUGCUCCGGAGCCACCGAAGAGAUCUCAGUACUUGUGA